AUGUCGACCGAAGCCGCUGCCAACGACGUCGCGUCGGACGUCAAGGUCGAGAUCGAGCCCGAGGGGGCCAAGCCGACAGAGGCCGCCACGCUCGACGUCAAGGUCGAGAUCCAGCCCGAGACGACCAAGCCGACAGACGCCAAGGCAAGCAAGAGCGACCAAAAGGUCGCACCGACCAAGGACUACCGCGCGCCGGAUGCGCGUCCCGACUACCACGUCGUGUGCUGCGAGAAUUCGUGGGGCGACAUCUUCUUCAUUCCGUUCCAGACAAUUCUGCUCUACGGCUUUAUGAUUGGGUACUCGAUCCUCAUCGUCCAAGGCACGUACAUGUCGACCAUCUCCCAAGCGGCGCUGUGGAUUUACUUUUUCGCAUGGGCGGCGGGCGUUGUGUACCUCAGCGUGACGAUUGCGACGGCCGACUGGGAAACGAGCCUCAAGUCGAAGCUUGCAACCAAGAUGGCGGCCGAAGAAGGCGCUGCCAUCGAGUAG